AUGGAGUCCGAGGAGCCGAUGCCUAUCGCCAUCGUCGGCAUGUCAUGCCGCUUGCCUGGCGAUGUGUCUUCGCCAGGGGAUUUUUGGAAGUUGUUGACCAAGGGACGCAGUGCGUGGUCCAAGAUACCUAAAGACCGCUUCAACCAGGAGGCAUAUAAUCAUCCCAACCCGGAGAAGAGGGGCACACUUAACUCACAAGGAGGAUACUUCUUGUCUCAGAAGCUGGAUAUGUUUGACCCUGGCUUUUUUGACAUGACACGCAAAGAAGCCGAAACUAUGGAUCCAACCCAGCGACUCCUCCUCGAAUGUUCGUACGAGGCUCUCGAGAAUGCUGGCAUUCCUAAAGAGUCUAUCUCUGGACGAAAAGUUGGUGUGUUCAUUGGAGCCACCGAUAAUGAACACAGAAUGGGAAAUCUUAGGGAUUUAGAUGAUGUGCCAAUGUUUGAUCCCACUGGUAGCCAAGGGGCAUUUUUGGCUGGCCGAAUAUCAUAUUUCUUUAAUUUAUGCGGUCCUACCUUUACCGUCGAUACCGCAUGCUCAUCUAGCAUGCAUGCUUUGCAUAUGGCUGUUCAGAGUAUACGAUCUGGGGAAUCGGAACAAGCCAUUGUCGGUGCCUCUCAUCUCAUCACACAACCAGACGUAUGGGUAUCCAUGGCUAAGUUGAGAUUAUUCGCGGACUCAGGGAAAACGUAUGCGUUUGAUCACCGUGCCAAAUCCGGAUACGCCAGAGGCGAGGGGGCUGGAUGUUUAAUUCUCAAGCCACUCCAUAAGGCGUUGGAAGAUAAAGACUACGUUAGAGCGGUCAUUUCCCACACGGGAAUCAGCCAUAACGGUCGAACAGUUGGUAUCGUGGCACCUAGUUCGGAAGAACAAGAGUCACUACUGCGCAAUGUGCUCUCACAAGCCGGAAUUGAUCCUAAAGAUGUUGGCUUUUUCGAAGCCCACGGUACUGGAACCAAGGUCGGCGAUCCCAUAGAGGCCAAAGGAAUAUAUAAGGCACUCAGCAAGGGCCUAGAAAGCGACCCAUUAACUAUCGGGUCGGUGAAGUCCAAUAUAGGCCACCUCGAAAACGCUAGCGGUAUCAUAUCGGUUAUGAAGGCAGCACUCAUGCUAGAAAAGGGGUUUAUCGUCCCGAAUGCCGACUUUGAAAAGGAAAACCCAGCCAUUUCUUUAUCCGAAUGGAAUAUGAAAAUUUCACAAAGACAGCUACCAUUUCCUCGAAACAAGAAGUAUAUAUGUGUGAACAACUUUGGAUACAGUGGUUCGAACGGACACGCAGUACUGAAAGCGCUACCAGCGGAGAACGAACUGGAGUUUCUUGACGCCGAAAACUUUGAAGGGCACAUCAAAACGAAACGUCUGUUCGUAUUGAGUGCUAAUGACGAGGCGGCUGCGAGGCAAAGUAUGGAGAAGUUAGGUAUUUUUCUUGAACAACACGCCGAGCUGUAUCAAAGCACCAUGCCCAGAAAUCUUUCAUACACGUUAUGCCAGCGGCGUUCACAACUACCUUGGCGUGUAGCUCUGGUGACUGAUAUGUGCAGUAAACUUGCCAUAGCUCUCAACAGCCCUAAUGUGGUGCCAAAGAGGAUACCAGCCAAGUCACCAAAGCUCGCUUUCAUCUUCACUGGACAAGGCGCGCAGUGGUAUGGUAUGGGUAGGGAGUUGUUGGAGUCGCACGCUGUAUUUGCGUCAACUAUAGAGCGAGCCGAUUCGCAUCUGCUAUCUAUAGGCGCGGAUUUCUCAAUAUUGGAAGAGAUGAAACGAGACGAGCAAGAUACCCGUAUUGGUAUGGCACAUAUUAGCCAGCCAAUAUGUAGCGCUGUCCAGAUCGGGCUGGUUGACCUUUUGGCAUCGUGGGGUGUCAAGCCUUCUUCUGUGACUGGGCACUCUAGCGGAGAGAUUGGCGCUGCAUACGCGACUGGGGGCCUGUCGCUUGAAGCGGCAAUGUCUGCGGCUUACUAUCGUGGCCAGGCCAUCAUUUCCUUAAAGGCCAACUUUCCGGAUGUCAAAGGCUCGAUGAUGGCGGUGGGUAUGGGUGCAGACGAACUACAGCCGUUUCUCAAGCAACUACCAUCUUCGCUUCAAGCGGUAGCGGCCUGUGAGAAUUCACCCAGUUCGACGACUGUGUCUGGUGAUGCUGAAGCUAUCGAUGAGCUUUCCAAUAUGAUGACGAGUAAGAACAUCUUCAAUCGCAAGCUUUUUGUUGACGUCGCCUACCAUAGUCACCACAUGAAACUCAUAGCCGAGACAUACUACAACAUGAUUGCAGAUGUCGAGUUGAGGGAGGCAAAUGGCGACGUUGAAUUCUUCUCCUCUCUCCGUUCUCGCAAGGUCAACAUAGAUGAACUUGGUCCACAGUACUGGGUAGAGAACCUAACAAACCCCGUACGAUUCACGACAGCAUUGCAACUACUUUGCAAUGAGAACAAGCCGGAUAUUCUCAUUGAGAUUGGCCCACACGCCGCGCUCAAAGGUCCUAUUAUGCAGACUCUGAAAUCAUUGGGAUUAGCGGCUGCUCAAGCCCCAGUAUAUAUCCCAACAUUGGUAAGGGGCCGUGACGCCACCGAGACGACUUUAGAGCUUGCCGGACAGCUCUUUGUCCGUGGUUACGAGGGCAUAGAUUUCUUCAACAUCAAUCAUAAUCGCUCCGAAGUCGAGAAGCCCGACAUCAUCCCCUUCCUCUAUACGUAUCCAUGGUCUCGUCAGCGAUACUGGUACGAAAGUCGGAUCACACGACAGCAUCGCCUUAAGCCGUUUGCGCGUCACGAUCUGAUCGGGACACUGACUGACUGGAGUAACGACUUGGAGCCGACGUGGCGCAACUUUAUUAGAUUGGAGGAGCUUCCAUGGCUGCGUGAAUACCGGAUCAAAGACCGUGCUGUGUUUCCGGUGGCUGCCUUCAUUUCCAUGGCUGUGGAGGCGGCUGGUCAACAAGCAUUACUUAGAGGCACCGAGCCAAGCAGCUUUGAUCUGUACGAAGUUGUGGUCCAGGAGCAAUUAUUUCUAAUAGACGAUGAACCGGUCGAACUCCUGCUAACGUUUAGACGACAUGGUGCAUCUAGAGUUGGUUGGGACGAAUUUCGUAUCUCUAGCUUUGAACCGAAACGAGGAUGGUUGGAACAUUGUUAUGGCUUCAUCGAAGCGAGCCCUUUGAAACGCGGCAGCGCCGUACCUAUCCGUUCCAAAAAUCACCUCGGCCCCAAGACCGAAAGGAUUGAGCAUUCAAUACCCGCCACAGGAUUUUAUUUUAAUUUAUGUUCUGGAGGGAUCAGUUAUCCGCACACAUUCUGGAACUUAGUGAACGUCAAGGUGGCUAAGUACGAGUUCAAUGCCCAAGGUACCUUUCAGGACACUAAACUCAUUAUGCCAUUGGCGUACGAGUCCUCGUACACAAUCCAUCCGGCGAUGUUGGAGCCACUCAUCCAGGUCUCGCAAUCCGAAUUGGGGCUCGAUGGCGUCGCGGAGCCGCGGCUCCCAUCUUCAAUUAAGCAAGUCCACAUUGACGUAAGCGAAGGAUGGGAGAGAGCCCCCGGAUCUAAGUUCACUGUCCAGUCGGCUAAAGACUCCAAGACCGGCCUAUUCACGGCCGAGAUGUUUGCGCCAGCGGAGUGUGAGUGGCCUUCCGUCUCGGUGUUGGGGCUGGAGCUCAGUCCGCUGAAGCCCGAGCCCCUGAAGUCAUUGAAGCCUAGAGAGCUAUGCUAUAAAAUACAAUGGGAGCAAACUGAAGAGAGGCAUUCAAAUGGUGUGAGCCAUGAACAUGUCAAAUCCAACGGGGAGCGCAUAACGAUAGUGACGGAACGUGCCCAAGAUGAUACACUUGUUUCUUCGCUAUGCGAGGUCAUCAGGGUGCACUCUGGAAUUAGUCCAGAAAUUACGAGUCUGCUUCAUAUUCGAGAUUUCAGCGGCUUCUUCAUAUUGAUUUCGGAGCUCGACCGUGCUAUCCUAGCCUCAAUCAACAAAAUUGAAUUCGAACAAGUCCAGGCUCUAUUGACGCAAGCUGGGGGCGUCUUGUGGGUAACAUGCGGCGCAUCGAAGGUCCCUAUGAACCCGAGCAUCAAUAUGGCUCUAGGUUUACUUCGUACAGUACGAUCAGAACUCGGCAAAACUGCUGUCACUCUUGACCUUGACCCCGAUAGCACUCUGGAUAUCGAAGGCCAGGCUGAACUGAUUGAAGAUGCCUUCAGGCGAACUAUACUGACAGAUAGUCCUGAGGCUGAGGUCGAGUUUGCUGAACAGGGCGGAGACUUGGUCGUACCACGCUUUGUUGCCGACGACGAGAUGAACUUACGAGUUCACCGUGAGUUAGGGAAAGCUGAGCCAUACCUACAAGACUUUCGCCAGCCUGGCCGUCGGCUUCGUGUUGCUACCCAGGUUGAGGGAUUGCUUGACACGCUGUAUUUUCAAGACAUCAUAGCUGAUGAGGCGUUGGCGGCCGACCAAAUAGAGAUUGAAAUCAAGGCUAGCAUGCUGAGCCAAGACGAUGUUCUAGCUCUUAGGGCUACGAGUAUGACUGGUAGACCGGAACGAUCGUGUAGUGGCAUCGUGGUUCGUGCUGGGCACGAAGUUGUCGAUGUUAGUGUGGGGGAUAUGGUAUGCACCCUGGCCGAUCACCGGUUGGGUACACAUGCCUGUAUAGCCUCAUACGGCGUUGUCAAGUUCCCCCCGAGCAUGGACUUUGAAGAUGCAGCCAUGAUUCCCUCUGCCUUCGGUGCAGCCUUUUACGCCCUUUCACAUGUCGCUCGAAUCCGAAAAUCGGAACGUGUACUCAUCCAUACAAAUGAUACCAAAGGACUUGCCGCGAUACAGGUCGCACACCAUCUUGGCGCUAAUGUGUUCAUUGCAGUCCACGGCAAUGAAAGAAGAGACUUUGUCACGAAGUCAUUCGGGAUAAGACCGAGGAAUAUCUUUGACACGGCUAGCAUCUAUUUCGAACGUGAAAUUCGAGAUGCAACUUGCGGGGAUGGUAUGGAUGUUGUCUUCAGCACCUCAUCUAGCUUGUCGUCAGGAGCCAAUGAUCUAAGUAAGAUCUGGUCAAGCACAGGAACUUUUGGACGUAUUGUUCAUAUGCAAGGAGCACUCGACGCUCGUCUUGACGGCUGGAACGCUAGAUCUGACUUGGCCGACAACAUAAGUUUCACGUCAGUCAAUAUAUUAAACCUGGCCAUUACGCGCCAGCGGCUUAUGAGAGACAUUCUCAAGGAGGUGCUAGACUGCUUUUCAAAGGGCGUGUUGAAGCCAUUUAAAAGAGCGCUUAUUUUGCGAAUGGCGGAACUAGACGAUGGCUUGAAGAUGAUUCAACAAGGCACUUUGCACCCAAUCGUCCUUUCUGCUCAAAAGGGUGAUCAGGUUAUGGCGCUGCACUACACUUCGAAGCGAUUCCUCAAUUCGGACGGCACACAUGUUAUCAUUGGUGGUACUGGCGGUCUUGGACGCAGUAUGGCUAGAUGGAUGGUCGAACAUGGCGCUCGGCAUAUAGUCUUGCUGUCUAGAAGCGGUGGUAAGGCUCAUGAGGUGAAAAGACUCAUCGAAGAGACUCGAGAUAAAGCCAACAUCAUCGUCAAAACCAGCGACAUCGCCAGCGAAGAAGAUGCAUAUCGAGUUGUGAGAGAAUGUGUUGAGACACUUCCACCAAUAUGCGGCGUGAUUCAUGCUGCCAUGAUGCUCCACGACGGAUUAAUAGAAAGCAUGACCCACGACUCGUACAUCUCAGCUAUUCGUGCUAAAGUAAAGGGUACCUGGAACAUCCACAAUGCGCUCGAGUCUGUCAACGUACGAUUGGAUUAUUUCGUCCUGGUCUCCAGUGCCGCAGGCAUUGUUGGGAGCCGAGGUCAGGCUGCAUAUGCUGCUGCUAAUACAUUCCUGGAUGGGUUUGCUCUAUGCAGAGUAGCGCAGGGUCUCCCUGGCGUCUCCCUCGAUCUCACAGCUGUGACCGGCGCCGGGUACAUUGCCGAAAAUACAACACGCGAAGAAGAAAUCAUCAAGAAUUUCGGCGGACAGUCUAUUUCGGAAGCCGAAGUACUGGGUCUUUUGGCUGUUGCCACAUCCGGGAAAUGCAGUGCACAGUGCUUAACUGGCCUGAAGCUUGCCCCAACCAACACAGGUUCCCUGCCCUACUAUGCAGAGGACCCACGGUUUGCACACCUCAAGGCGGCCGCAACGACUGAGAUACGAGCUGCAGGCAGCGAUUCUGGAAAACCCGUAUCAUACAGGAGUGCGUUCCGGGCUGCAGCUAGCAACGACGAGGCCCGUCAAGUUGCUGUACAGGGUGUGCUGCAGAAGCUAUCCGAAGUACUGUCAGUAGCGCGUGACGAUGUUGAUGCUCAGCGGAGUAUGGCAUCGUACGGUCUAGACUCCCUGACUGCCAUUGAAGUUCGCAAUUGGAUCACAAGAGAACUGGGGGCCACCCUCGAAAUCUUGGAGUUACUAACAAGUGCAAACGUGACGGAUCUGGCGGAGUUGAUUGUUUCGCGGACGAAAGCGUGA